AACUGUCAUGAAUCAGCGACUCACUGAUCUGAGCUGACUCUCCCGGCUGAGGUUAGCCAGCGGGUAUGUGACACCUGUGUGACAGGUCCAGGUGAGCUGUGCUGUCAUACUGCUGCAGCUCAGGUGUGCAGGAUAGCACCUGCUCUGUCAGCUGCUGGACAACAUAUUUGCAGCACAGGUCGUAUGGGGUUAGAGUCAGUGGAAUAAAUCACACAAAAGUUUAUUUUUUUACCUUUACCCCGUCAGUGGGCGGAGCCUACAGUCUGUGACUCACCUGUGAUGUGUUUCAGCCAAGAUCCAUGCUGAUGAACUGGUCGAGGACAUGUGGUUGGGCGUCUCAGUAGCCAGUCAGGGCCGGCCUGGGGGGCGUGUCCUGGCAUGCGGUCACCGCUUCACAAAACUCUAUGGAGCGUUCAAUUUAAGGCAAAUGAUUGGCCGCUGUUAUCUCCGUGGAAACGACCUGCGGUACGACGAGAACGACUCUAAUUGGCAGGACCCCGAACAGUCCUGCAGUCAUCUGGGUGAUUUCACUGGUGAGGUCAUGUGCGGGAUGGGGAUGUCAUCGGCCAUCACUCAAAGCGAAGUCAUUGUUGGCUCACCUGGAAGCUUCGAAUGGCAAGGAAACGUCCAAGUCUCCUGGAUGAACCCUGACGAUGAGUUUGACACCAAGAAGAGCUCCUUCUCCAACCAGAAGCACAGGAACAUCUACAUCGGAUAUUCUGUCGCUCAGGCUCCUCGCCUUCUCUCUGAGGAUGAUGAAACCAUCGUAACAGGAGCUCCUCGGGACCGUAUGGAAGACGCUCAUGGCUCGGUGCUGCUGGCCGUCAAGCGCUCUGAUAAACUGAUGAUUCGCCAGAAGCUGCGCGGUCAACAGAUGGGCUCGUAUUUUGGGAACGCCUUGGCAGUUACUGACCUCAAUAAUGACGGGUGGAACGACCUGCUGGUGGGCGCUCCUUUUUAUUUCCACCGUCAGACGGAGGUGGGCGGGGCAGUUUAUGUCUACGUGAACGUAGGAGGGAGGUUCAAUUCUGAGCCCAGCGUAGUGCUGAAGGGGCCGGCGGGGUCGGCAUUCGGCAUGGCUGUGGCCGCUGCAGGAGACCUCAACCAGGACGGCUUCCAGGACUUUGCCAUCGGAGCUCCUUUUCAUGAAGCAGGAAGUGUGAUGAUCUGGACAGGAAGCAGUGAGGGCAUCUCUACAGAGCCGAGCCAGGUGAUCCGAGGCAGCACGGUCUCCCCUGUUUUCGGGACUUUUGGCUACUCCCUUUCUGCAGGCGGGGAUGUUGAUAGGAACUAUUACCCGGACCUGCUGGUUGGUUCUCUCGAUGAUACCGUUGUUCUGUUCAGGAGUCGACCGGUCAUCCAUUUAAAUAAAACACUCAAAGUUUCUCCGACCAUCGUGGACCCGAACAGCUGUGACUUCUGUAUACAGGUGGAAGUGUGUUUCUUCUACAUGUUCAACAGGGGAGAGAAGAGCGACAGAGACAACAUCACCAUCCUCUUCACACUGACAGCUGACAUCACUAGUGUCAAGCCCCGCCUCAAUUUUCGUGACAACGGGCAGAGCGUGUACUCUGAUUACCUGUCGAUGCCGCUGGAGGAGUGCAGGACGCUGAGAGUGGGACUGCAGAGUGUAAUCAGAGACAAAGUGGAGCCUCUGGUGUUCUCCUUGAAUGCCUCCUUGUACGAGAAGUUUCCCAAGAAAAAAAAGAACGUGCAGGACCUGAAACGCCUCCCGGUGCUGAGUGAGACCCCCCAACCCAUCAGAACCCAGAUCCACAUCCAGAAGGACUGUGGUUCUGAUAACCGCUGCCACAGCAACCUGCAGAUGACAGCUCGGUUCACCGAUGAGAGCCAGAAAGCUUUCCCCGAGCUUGAGGGUACUCAGGUGAUGUACUUCAACUCCACCAUCAAGAGGCUGUUUCUGGAGGUUAACAUCAGCAAUACACCAUCAACAGGUCAACCAGCAGAGGAUGCUCACAACACCAUUCUGAGCAUCAGCAUCCCACCAUCACUUAUCUACUCUGGAGUAGAGACAAAGGGUGAUGCCUCGGCAGUGGUGGAGUGCUCUGUGGAGGGGACCUCUCUUCAGUGUGAGCUCGGGAACCCUUUCAGAAGCAACAACAAGGUUCAGGUUCUGAUCAAAUUUCAGCCAUCUGAGAUCAGUUUGGACACACGCGAGAUCCAGUCUGUGCUGCAGCUAUCCACGCUCAGUGAACAGCCGGAUCUGUCCCCGAUCUCCGUCUUCAUGGUGGUGGAGUAUUUGCUGCAGGCAUCACUCAGUUUAAUUUCAACGUCAGGCCCCGCCUCCUUCAGUGGUCAUGUGAUCGGUGAGGUGGCAAUGAAGAAGACAGAGGACAUCGGCAGCCUGCUGGUCUUGACCUUCCAGGUGCAUGUCCAGGGAAAGCCGCUGAGCCACCUGGGCACCCUGGAGGUGGAGUUUGAUUGGCCGAUGGAAGCCACCAAUGGGAAGUGGCUGCUGUACCUCACAGAGAUCCAAAUAAACGGUACUUCAGAGCCUCGCUGCUCUCCACCCGGCAACAUCAUUAAUCCUCUCAACCUCACGCUGUCAAAAGAGGACAAGAAGAAGAUGAAGAGGAAUCUGGAUGAAGUAAACGAGGAAGAGGAGCAGACUGACAGAACUCCAACUGUCCUCCAUCUUCAGAGAAAGAAGAAGCGCUACAGUCUGGACUGUGUCCGCGGAGCGAGGUGUGUGAAGUUCGUCUGUCCUCUCAUCAGCAUGAACAACUCGGCGACUCUGACCAUCAAAGCCCGACUGUGGAACUCCACCAUGAUCGAGGACUACAGCGAUGCGAGCAUUGUCUUGGUUCAAGGUCAGGCAUCUCUGAAGCUGCAGACCAACAAACCCACCGUGAACAUGGAGUCUCACAGCUCGCAGAUUGAGGUCUACAUCUAUCCAGAUUUGGGGCUACAGGUGGACUCUGGCGCCCCCCUAUGGAUCAUCAUGUUGUCUGCCCUGGCAGGUGUCCUGCUGCUGGCUCUCAUCUGUCUGCUGCUCUGGAAGUGUGGGUUCUUCAGGAGAGCCAGCACCAGGGAGCUGUACCAGGCAAAGACCCAGAAGGCCCAGAUGAAGAGCCAGCCAUCUGAGAACGACAGGCUGACCGAGGAGAUCUGAGGCUGGGGCACCGCAGCCAGAGAGCCCGGCUGUAAGGACCAGAGGUGGAAGGGUUACUAACUGAUUACUGAGACUAUGAAAAGUGCUGAGUCAGAUCAAAGUUAAAAAGUUUGUACUUGCUUAAAAUAGUCAGCACUGAUCCUUUGAGGUUCUUUGAAAUUUUGUCUUAAAUUUGAUCAAUUCUAGGUUUUUACUAAUAAUGGCAUCCCCACAAAUUCAUCUCCCAUAAUAAAACCUGUUUCAUCCAUAAUCUCAGGAACCAUUGGACUUUCAGUAACCUCCUGUUUCCAUCUGCUCUACUUUUUCUGAUUGAUCAGCUCACCAAAAAAUGUGAUUGCUUGUGUUUGUUGGCUUUUCUCUGCAGAUUUGAUGGAGCUUUUAUUCUGAAAGGAGCCACAAAAGACACAUUAACGGAAAACGGCAGAAAAAAAUUAAGCGGGCUCACCCUUUAAUGUGUCUGUGGCCACACCUGCUAGAUUUUUGCAGCCAAUCAAAUCAAAUUUCACACACACAAAUCCCGACAGACUCCGUAAACCAAAAAAUAUUCAGUUUGCUGUCAAUGCAAGGAAUUAUGGGAAAUCACCCCAAAAUAGGACCAGUAUGAAUCUGCCUUUCAGCAGAUCACUGGUUAUCCCAGCAAACUCACCUGUGUCACCUGUUCACUGCCUCCGUGUCUCUGUGGACACACAAGGUCUCUGAUCCUUCUUUUUCUCUGCAGUGUGGGUUCUUUGUGCGUCAGGGGGUGUGGCGGGCGGUGGCGCUCCAUCAGGGGAGGAUCAUGGGUAAAGACGACCUACAACAGCAGCACAUGGAUGCUGAUGGAUUCCUGAUCCAGGACCAGGUUUCCUCAUGUCGAAACAGGAAGUCCCCGAAACACUGGGUCACUUCUUGGACUGAGACUUACUGAGAGACUCUCAGCGUCUGAAAAAAUAAACCAGACCAGACCAAACUGGACUAGACCAAAACAAACCAGUUCUAACUGGACCAACACACUGCCAGUGUGAGUCUGCUGCCAUGUGAAAACCUCGUAAUGUGUUUACGUUCAUAUUGUAGACGGAGAUGUGAGGUUUCCAGCUGACAGCAAGCACAGAAGAUUGAUUAUAGAUGAUUGGUUAUUGAUCUGUGUGUAUAUGUGUAUAUUUCUUAGCCAUGGAUUGAUUGGAAACAUUGGUGUUUUCCUUUAAAGGGCUGGAAUCAAAAUGAGGGGACUGCUCCUUUAAUAUGGCAGCAGUCUUGUCUUUGUGCUGCCUUCAAGGACCCCCGUAAAAUCUCCUUUGAGAAAGCUGUUAGUAAAACCAUCCCGGUUGCCUUUAGGUGCGGUCGGCUCUUCUGUGAAACUGUUUGGUGUCUCGUGUACUUUUACAGGCUGUUUUUGUAUAUUUGUGAUAUUUCUGACUGCGCUUGAAAGUCUGUGUAAAAUGUGGGUGCGUUAACUGCAUAUCAGUGUCUUUGUCAAUGAUAUUAAACAAUUUUUUGUAUAACUGGCUGUGCUGUUUAGAAUAGAAUAGAAUAGAAUAGAAUAGAAUAGAAUAGAAUAGAAUAGAAU